AUGGCUGCUUUGCAAAAAAAGAAAACCCCCCGCACCGCCCCCAAUGGAUUCAAAUCUCCCUCCCCGGCCUCUGACAAGGAAACUAUCGAUGAGAACUGCCAACCCAUCUCCCCUCCGAAAGAAAUCCGACUACCAACUUGUUGCACCUCUGAAAAUUGCUCCGAGUUACCGAACUCAAGCAAGGUUCUUCUUACGGCAGCUCCUGGGUGCGUUAAAAUAUAUGCAUGGGAAGAAGGUCAUCCAUCGCGAUCUUAAAACUUGGUAAUAUAUUCCCCGGGUGCAGAAAUCAAAUAUUAAAAUCGGUGACUUUGGACUUGCGGCCUCGCUUGUCAACGGAAACGAUCGCAAGAGAACUAUAUGUGGGAUACCGAAUUACAUUGCUCCGGAGGUUUUAUCCGGUAGUGGGAAGGAAGGGCAAGGACGUAGUUUCGAGAUUGACCUCUGGGGAGUUGGCGUUAUAUUGUGGGUUCGCUGGAAAACUGCAAUUAGAGGUAUUGCUAACUGUAAACAGGUAUUCUAUGCUCGUCGGGAAGCCUCCUUUCCAAGCUGGCGAUGUAAAUGUUAUCUACCAGUAGGUUCCCGCCUAGACUGGAAUAAAAUGUGAACCACAUCACUGACUGCAAGUAGAAAAAUUCGCCAUAACACUUUCAGCUGGCCUGAGGAGGUGCCCGUCAGUUCAGCAGCAAAGCAUCUGGUUCACUCGAUCCCCAAUCAUGGCGCCGGCUCUCGGCCUACACUAGACGAGAUUGCCGACCAUUAUUUCUUCAAGUCCGGGUUUUUUCCGAGAUCUAUUCGGGUCAGCGCUGGCAAGCAACAGCCAGUCUGGAGAGGCGCUAGCGGACAAGGCGUAGGAGCAGUUGGAAAUAGACAGGAUUGGAUAAAGAACUGUGAAGAGGUUGCUCGCGAAUGCAGUAUUGGUGUCCGUUCGGAUGGAAAACCUGUUAGUGCUGUUGGAGAUCAUGCAGAUGAGAGUGUGGAGCAUCUGACGCUUCCACCUUCCAGGCCGAUAUCGGCGUUGUCUAUCGGCGAUGGAAACCAGCCGUUUGCGGUUGAAAAGCAUACAGCGAAUAUGAAGCCCGAAGCCAAGGCGAGGAAACGAAAGGGAACAGGUGCUUAUAUUCUAUCAGAACCUCUAAGUCCACAAGACAGCCAUGCGAGAAUGCGGGGUGCCAAUGCACUUAAGGAAAAGCCAUCCAGAUUACGGUCAUGAGGACAUGUUGAGAAAGCUAGAGGAGAAGAACUGGAAGUUGAAGGGCGGAAAAGGGAGGUUUCCCGGGAGAAAUAUUAACAAAGAUAAAAGAGUCGCGGAAGUGAAAACGUUGGCCGAGAGGUCUGUCCCCCUCAGGAUCGCCAAAGAGAAGGGAUUCUGGUCCCGGAUCUGA